UGUGGCAUGUAACCCCAUAUGAGAAAGGAUCGGUACACAGAACCGCCGUCCAAAACACGCACCCUAAACUUUAGGGAAAGACUGACAGAACUGCGUUUUCGAACCUGUUUACUAUUGUCAACAAGCUAAAUAAUAUCACAGCAACAGGAGUCAUGACGGACAGGAAGGCCGUGAUUAAGAAUGCAGACAUGUCUGAGGACAUGCAGCAGGAUGCAGUGGACUGUGCCACUCAAGCCAUGGAGAAGUACAACAUCGAAAAAGACAUCGCUGCUUACAUUAAGAAGGAGUUUGACAAGAAGUACAACCCCACAUGGCAUUGCAUCGUGGGUAGAAACUUUGGCAGCUAUGUGACACACGAGACCAAACACUUCAUCUAUUUCUACCUGGGCCAGGUGGCGAUUCUGCUCUUCAAGUCUGGAUGAGCCCUCUACCAAAACCCCAACCACCCUACGUUAAAGUCCCUCUACCAAAACCCCAACCACCCUACGUUAAAGUCCCUCUACCAAAACCCCAACCACCCUACGUUAAAGUCCCUCUACCAAAACCACAACCACCCUACGUUAAAGUCCCUCUACCAAAACCACAACCACCCUACGUUAAAGUCCCUCUACCAAAACCACAAACACCCCACCCUGAAGCUGUCCUCCAGAUAGAUACCCCUGUCCUCCUCUCUUCACUGUCAGAGGCUGCGCUCCUCACCUGGACUGUGAUAUACUGAUGGCUGAAGACACACACUCCGUGACACACACACACACACACACCUCUUCUCACAGUGAUAUACUGAUGACUGAAGGCACUUCUGUCUGCAUGGGUGGUGUAAAUGUUUCAGCAACAGACUGGGUGGUGUAAAUGUUUCAGCAACAGACUGGGUGGUGUAAAUAACUUUUCAGUAUCAGACUUGCUGGAUCUAAUUCCUUUUUUAAUGCAUUACAAGGUUCUUGUCAAAGAGUUCACUAGAUCAUUGUUCAUUAGAUAAAGACGAGGGUCAACAAAUCAAUCAUAGUUCACUAGAUUGGGACGAAGGAGUCACCUGGGAUCUUGCUGUGACUAUUAGUGUGUCUGUGUGUGUAUUAUGUAUAUGUUGCAGUUCGAUGAAUGUGCUUUUGAUAGAGUUGCUUAAGACCAUAAAGUGAGAUUUUUGUUUAAAUGCCUU